AUGUCCAUGCCCAUGGCAAGCACUACUCUAGCAGUUAACAACCUUACCAACACGAACGGAAUCGCAAACGUAAACGUACAAGCAAACAAACAACUUCGCCACCAGGCCAUCGACUCGCCUGCAAGAUCUUCAAUGACCGCGACGACCGCCACCAACUCCAAUGGCAACUCUGCCAGGGAUGAUUCCACUAUUGUCGGUCUACACUACAAGAUCGGCAAAAAAAUAGGUGAAGGUUCCUUUGGUGUGCUAUUUGAAGGCACCAACAUGAUCAAUGGAGUACCUGUCGCCAUCAAAUUCGAGCCUAGAAAAACGGAGGCCCCUCAGUUAAGAGAUGAAUAUAAGACUUAUAAAAUUCUUAAUGGUACUCCCAAUAUCCCGUACGCGUACUACUUCGGUCAAGAAGGUUUGCACAACAUCUUGGUCAUUGAUCUUUUGGGCCCCUCUUUGGAGGACUUAUUUGAUUGGUGUGGAAGGAAGUUUUCCGUGAAAACAGUUGUGCAAGUUGCUGUGCAAAUGAUCACUUUAAUUGAAGACUUGCACGCCCAUGACUUGAUAUAUCGUGACAUCAAGCCGGAUAAUUUCUUGAUUGGAAGGCCCGGCCAACCUGACGCAAACAAUAUUCAUUUGAUCGACUUCGGUAUGGCCAAACAGUAUCGUGAUCCGAAGACUAAACAACACAUUCCAUACAGAGAGAAAAAAUCGCUGAGCGGUACUGCCAGAUAUAUGUCCAUUAACACUCAUUUGGGAAGAGAACAAUCCAGAAGAGAUGAUAUGGAGGCCCUGGGUCAUGUUUUCUUUUAUUUCUUGAGAGGCCACUUACCCUGGCAGGGUCUAAAGGCUCCAAACAAUAAGCAAAAAUACGAAAAGAUUGGUGAAAAAAAAAGAUCCACUAACGUUUACGAUCUAGCCCAAGGCCUACCUGUACAAUUUGGUAGGUAUUUGGAGAUCGUGAGAAGUCUUUCCUUUGAAGAAUGCCCCGAUUAUGAAGGCUAUAGAAAACUAUUAUUAUCUGUAUUGGAUGAUUUAGGUGAAACCGCGGACGGCCAAUAUGAUUGGAUGAAACUGAACGAUGGUCGUGGUUGGGAUCUUAACAUAAACAAGAAGCCAAAUCUCCACGGAUACGGCCAUCCCAAUCCACCAAACGAAAAAUCGAGAAAACAUAGAAAUAAACAGCUCCAAAUGCAGCAGCUCCAACAGCAGCAACUUCAACAGCAACAGCUCCAACAGCAACAGCAGCAGUAUGCCCAGAAAAAUGAAGCCGAUUUGCGCAAUUCUCAGUAUAAACCAAAACUAGACCCUACUUCUUAUGAAGCCUACCAGCAUCAGACCCAGCAGAAAUACUUGCAAGAACAACAAAAGAGACAGCAGCAACAGCAACUUCAGGAACAACAACUACAAGAGCAACAAUUGCAACAGCAGCAACAGCAACAGCUGCGUGCAACAGGUCAACCUCAAUCACAACCUCAGUCUCAGCAGUUUGGCGCUCAUUAUCAACCACAACAACAACCGUCUGCCGCCCUAAGACCUCCUCAGCAGCAACUAAAUGACGACAAUUCAAGUCUAGCCGCUUCUCAUAAGGGCUUUUUCCAGAAAUUGGGCUGUUGCUAA